AUGGUUCAAGGAGGACAGUUGACCUUCAUUGCAUCUUAUAGCGGAGGGUUUGGUGUUGUUAGUUGUUGUGUUGUACAGGAAUUUGAUGUUCAUAGUAAGAAUGAGCUUCUUGCAAAAGAACGUGCUGAGUUUAUCAAAUUAUUGCAGCAAGCCCAGAUUGAGGCUGCAUCUGCAUUUGGAAAUGAUGGAGAAAACAUUUCUCUAGAAUUCAAUUCAACAGAACCUGCACCCUUCCAUGUUGCAGCUUUGGCUUCUGGUCUUGCAAUUGCUUCUCCAACAGAACAAACAACUUGUUCAAUGGGGACUAUAGAUAAGGGAAACGAAAACUGUGAUGAUUCCCAAAACCCGAUAGAUAUAGAAAAAGAAAAUCGAAAAAGAUACAAUAGAAACUAUUAUGCACAAAAAAAGGAGAAAAACAAAAAGAGAAGAAUAGCUAACGAUGAAGGAUGUAGUCAACCUACAACACUCACAAGUUGCACUAUAAUGGAGACAAACGAAACAAAUAUCAACGAAGAUUCCUCUGUGAGUGUUAUAAGUGCUGCUCAGAGGACGAGUACUUAUAAUAAAGAAUAUUAUCAACAAAGAAAGGAACGAACUAUGAUGACAAAAAGAAGAGUAUAUGCCUUUCAGGAGGAUCCGUAUGAUUUUGUUUAUGAAAAUAUCCGUAUGGAACAUCGUAUAUUAAAGGCUCAAAACCCUUGUGUUUAUUGUGGAGCAAAGCGACUACAAUAUGAAUUCCCUACCUUUUGUUGCAUAAGUGGGAAGACAAAACUGGCACACUCCCCUAUUCCCACAGAGUUGCACUAA